UUAGAAACAAACAACAAGAUGCCACAACGUCAGGCGCUACAGAAUCACGACGAGUAGUUUUGGAACCAAGAGUCACAGAUAGCACAGGGCUCGACCGGAGCAAGGGGAAAGGGAAGACUGGGAAGACUACCGGAAGCCCAACGGGAAGACUAUAGGAGCUGGAGGAAAGGAUCCGUUGCUACCGGAUGCCCAGGCUGUCAGUGCCGGAGAUUCCGUUCGGUCCGCUGAGCCGGGCCGUGCUGGGCCACUGCUGGCGCCUCUGGUGCUGCAUGUGCCGCAACGAGACAGAGCGGAGGGCACAGCAGCACGCGCAGGUCCUGGUUGGCGGCCGGUUCUGGCCGCGGGCGAUGCUGCGGCGGAGCCUUGCGGCAGCCUGGCGCUGCUGGCAGCGCCUCUGCGGCGGUUCUGCGCGACCAGCGCCUCAGUGGCUCAAGGCCCAGCGCCUGACGCUCUGCGCGCGCUUGGGCCGCCUGGCCGACGCGCUGAGGCAGGACUCGUGGCUGCCGCGCGCAGUGCUGGCUGCCUGGUUUGGCAUUGGUUUCGCCUCGGGGGAGCGCCUGCGCCUGCGGGCGCAAAGGGCGCAGCAAGCGGACGCCAUGCUCAUGAAGUCCUUGGCCAACGAGAUCUCCAGCGCCGCGGUGGCGGAUGCAGCGGCGUAUUCGGCGAAGUCGGAUCGUUUCCCGGGCGGUCGCAAGGCGAAGGGCCUGGUGGCCUCCCUGCUGCGCCGCCGGGGCUUCGCGGAGGCCCGGCGCUGGGUGGCGGCCUGGCGCCUGCAGAGCGCCAAGGAGCGCGCCUUUGACGCGAUGCUGGAGCUCUCCCUUGAGGACGGCGAGUCCUUCUUGGCCUCGCCCAUCACUGCCGCUGGCGUGUCCUUCAGCGAGAGGCUGUCCCCCUUCGCAGACAUGGAGUGACGGCUGCGCGACACCUCCGCGCGGAGGUGUUGAUCAGCAGCCCGCCGGCGGUUAUCUCCGAGAAGGUUUUUCCGGAGGAUUUGGUCCUUGAAGGAAGCGCACCUCUGGGCGACCUCUGGCGAUGCAGGCGCCCACCGGGCGCCCAGAGUCUUAUUCUGUGUCUUUGUAGG